UUGACGUCCCCUGCAACCAUUAGUGUCUUGUACACUGCAUUCGCAGUACAGAGUCAUUGAAAAUCCGCAACAACAGGGAAUUAGUUUUCUGCAUUUACUUGGGACUUAAUUGUAAAAAUAUAACAUGUCUUCGAUGUUUCAAGCAAGCAAGCAAUUGCAGGCUAUCCGUAAUCAAUUAAAACAAAUGGACAAACAGUACAGAGAUGGAUUUAAGACAGAAUAUAAGGAAGAUACUUGUGAAGCAAAACAUGAUGAUUCAAAUCAAUUUUGUUCUAUGGAUUUUGUUAACAAGACUAAUACGAAUGAAGAAACACCAGUCAGUACUGCAACUCCAAGCAUCACAGAGUCCUCAAAUGUACAGACGCUUUUGGCAGGACAAAGUUAUUCACCAGUAUCUGAGUUUGAGCAUGUCGAAUCUGUUCUUUCGACUCUAAUCAAAGAAUCACAGGGAGAGUCGCAGGAGAUUAUGCCUCUUUCUCAUGAAUUACGUCAAGCCAUUACAAAUAUGGAGGAUAUUGAAGAUGUUGACAACCUAAUUGGUGAUGUUAUGAACUCGGUCCAGAUUGAUUCAUCAUAUGACGAGGAUCUCCAUUGUAUUGAACAGGCCGUGACACGCACAAUAAGCAGGUCUAACAGUGACGGAAAUCAACCCGUGACAUUUUCGUCAAAAGAAGAAGAAAGAACGUGGAAAAAAGAAAGAAUAAAGAAGGAUAAUCAUAACAUUAUUGAGCGAAGGCGAAGAUACAAUAUAAAUGACAGAAUUCAAGAGUUGGCCACACUUUUACCGCCCAAUACUCAUCCAGCAAUGAAAUUGAACAAAGGUUCCAUCCUGAAAGCGUCAGUGGAAUAUGUGAAGGAAUUAAAAAAGGACAAACAGAAACUUAUUUCGUUUGAAGCAAACCAAAAAGCGAUGGAAGCGAAAUACCAGAAAAUGUUGAUUAGAAUAUUUCAACUGGAACUGAAGAUGAAAUUAUAUGGAUUAACGGAAGAUAUUGAUCGCAGUCAGACAAAGAGGAAGAAGCGACCCAGAAGGAGGCUUUGCGAAAUUGAUGCAAUGGUGGAAGAUUUUAUGAAAAGCAGUCUGCCGCAAACUAGGAAAUCCGAUGAAAAAUCGACGAAUGAAACGUUCGAAAGACAAUCGAAUGCAGACACUCAACAUUCAGGUAAAAUCACAACCAAGUCGGCAAAAGCAGGUUUAAGAAACUUUAUUAGCAAGAGAUUAGCGCACGAUAACACGAAAAACAGGAACAAAACAUCGAAUGCUUCACUAACCCAAGAAAUUGAAGCUUCUCGACAACAUCCCAAUUCAAGAUCUGAAGAAAAUGGAAACGUACUCCACGCUGAGAAUAACAUCAACCAGACCUCUACUCUAUCACCUGAAACUCCGCAAAAUAUUGUUCCAAUGUCUGAACAGACUGAAGGAUCAAAUAAUGAGCAUUCAAGUUAUUCACUUUUCCAUUCUCCAUCAGGUGCUGAAUUAAGCUUGGAUCAAUGCAACCUUUUGCUAGAUUUAUUUGGAGCAGACAAUAUGACAAUACUUCAACCGGAAUCAGAGGCUGAAGUCACCCCCGUCUCUUCUCCAUCUCAAGUAGAAGACUACUGCCCGUCUCCGGUUCUAUCUCCCGUAACAUUGACGACAAAUAUGCUUGAAGCAUUACUUCGGAAAUCCGACGGCAGUUCAUCUUCUUCCGAGGCGCAUUCUUUGGAAACUUCUACUGAAAGCGCAUGAAUGGGUUAAGAAACAUUGACGUGUGUUUCAAACAAAACGUUCUGAUUUUGUCCAUGAACAGUUCAAAGGAUUGACCCUUGAUUUUUUUGGUCAAUCAAUCAGUUGUAGAACUACUUUGCAGCGAUGCCCCUUUGGAUAUCGCAUUCAAGAAUGUGCUUUUCCGUAAUCAUGGGAUAUGCAAAUCUAUUUCAUUAGUAUGCAUAAAA